UGCCCGGAAGCGGGGCCGGAUGUGCAGUCCCUCCUCCAGCAGGUAGUGUAGAGCGGAGAAGCCCCCAGUCUUCAGCCCAGUGACCCCCAUCUGACGUACGGUGCACAGCAACACACAGCGGAGCAGGGAGAGGAUGCGGCAUACUGCAGCCGGGGGAGCAGGCAGUGCCUCCGGACACCCAGCGCAGGUUGUAAAGCAGCUAAAUGGAGUCUGAACAGUUGUUUCAGAGGAGUUACUACCGUAACAGUUACAACAGUAUCACCAGUGCAAGCAGUGACGAGGAACUCCUUGAUGGAGCUGGAGGAAUGAUGGACUUCCAUACCUUGGAAGAUGACCACUUACUGGAUGGUGAUGCCUCUAUGGGAACACACUAUACCAUGACAAACGGAGGAGGUAUCAGCAGCUCUACUCAUCUGCUGGAUUUGUUGGAUGAGCCUAUUCCAGGGGUCGGCACAUAUGAUGAUUUCCAUACCAUCGACUGGGUGCGAGAGAAGUGUAAAGACCGGGAACGCCAUAGAAGGAUUAACAGUAAGAAAAAGGAAUCUGCGUGGGAGUUAUCAAAAAGUCUCUAUGAUGCAUGGUCGGGAUGGCUGGUUGUAACACUAACUGGUUUAGCAUCAGGUGCCCUGGCAGGCUUGAUAGACAUUGCUGCAGACUGGAUGGCAGACAUAAAGGAAGGAAUUUGCAUGAGUGCCUUUUGGUUUAACCAUGAACAGUGUUGCUGGGGAUCAGAUGAAGCCACAUUUGAAGAGCGAGACAAGUGUCCUCAGUGGAAUACGUGGGCAGAUCUCAUAAUAGGCCAGGCAGAAGGUCCUGGAUCAUAUAUUAUGAAUUACAUAAUGUACAUCUUCUGGGCUCUGAGUUUUGCCUUUUUAGCGGUCAGUUUAGUAAAAGUGUUUGCUCCAUAUGCUUGUGGCUCAGGAAUUCCAGAGAUUAAAACCAUUUUAAGCGGCUUCAUCAUCCGAGGUUAUUUGGGAAAAUGGACUUUAAUGAUCAAAACGGUCACACUGGUACUUGCCGUGGCUUCAGGUCUAAGCUUAGGGAAGGAAGGGCCCCUGGUACAUGUAGCUUGUUGCUGUGGAAAUAUAUUUUCCUACCUCUUUCCUAAGUACAGCACAAAUGAAGCAAAAAAAAGGGAGGUUCUUUCGGCAGCUUCAGCAGCUGGUGUCUCUGUAGCGUUUGGAGCUCCUAUUGGUGGAGUCCUUUUUAGUUUGGAAGAGGUCAGUUACUACUUUCCGUUGAAGACGUUGUGGAGAUCUUUCUUUGCUGCUUUAGUGGCUGCUUUCAUUUUAAGGUCCAUCAACCCAUUUGGAAACAGCCGUCUUGUGCUCUUUUAUGUGGAAUAUCAUACUCCUUGGUACCUGUUUGAACUCAUCCCUUUUAUUCUCCUUGGUGUGUUUGGAGGACUCUGGGGAGCUUUUUUCAUCCGUGCGAACAUUGCCUGGUGCCGACGACGCAAGACCACCAAAUUCGGAAAGUACCCAGUACUAGAGGUUAUUGUGGUGGCCGCUAUCACUGCGAUCGUUGCGUUCCCAAAUCCUUUUACAAGAUUCAACACUAGUCAGCUGAUCAAAGAGCUAUUCACAGACUGCGGACCUCUAGAGUCCUCCUCUUUAUGUGACUACAGAAAUGACAUGAAUGCUAGUAAGAUUGUAGAUGACAUCCCUGACCGGCCUGCUGGUAAUGGGGUGUAUUCGGCCAUGUGGCAGCUAUGCUUGGCACUAGUGUUUAAGAUCGUUAUGACAGUAUUCACAUUUGGCAUCAAGGUUCCUUCAGGAUUGUUUAUCCCAAGCAUGGCUAUAGGGGCUAUAGCAGGAAGAAUUGUUGGCAUUGCUGUGGAACAGCUGGCAUACUACCACCAUGACUGGUUUAUAUUCAAGGAGUGGUGUGAAGUGGGCGCAGACUGCAUCACUCCAGGAUUGUAUGCUAUGGUUGGUGCAGCAGCAUGUCUGGGUGGCGUUACCAGGAUGACUGUGUCGCUUGUGGUUAUUGUAUUUGAGCUUACAGGAGGCCUAGAAUACAUAGUGCCAUUGAUGGCAGCAGUGAUGACCAGUAAGUGGGUAGGAGAUGCAUUUGGACGUGAAGGCAUCUAUGAAUCGCACAUACGGCUUAACGGUUAUCCAUUUUUGGACGCAAAAGAAGAAUUCACGCACACAACACUGGCUCGAGAUGUCAUGAGGCCACGAAGAACAGACCCUCCACUAGCAGUUCUCACGCAAGAUAACAUGACUGUUGACGACAUUGAAAGCCUGAUCAAUGAUACGAGCUACAAUGGUUUCCCCGUCAUCAUGUCUAAAGAAUCACAACGACUUGUUGGGUUCGCUUUAAGAAGAGAUUUAACAUUAGCAAUAGAAAAUGCAAGAAAGAAGCAGGAAGGUAUAGUUGGAAGUUCACGUGUUUGCUUUGCCCAGCACACCCCAUCCCUUCCUGCAGAAAGCCCUCGACCACUUAAACUGCGCAGCAUCCUGGACAUGAGCCCCUUUACUGUGACCGACCAUACACCAAUGGAGAUAGUGGUGGAUAUAUUCCGCAAGCUGGGGCUCAGGCAGUGCCUUGUUACACACAAUGGGACUGUCUUGGGGAUCAUCACAAAGAAGAACAUAUUAGAACAUCUCGAACAUCUAAAGGAGCACGUGGAACCCUUGACGCCUCCUUGGCAUUAUUACAAAAAAAGAUAUUCUCCGCCAUAUGGCCCAAAUGGCAAACCACGACCCCGAGUUGAUAAUGUUCAACUAAAUGCCAUUUAUGAAGAUGGAGAGGAGACUGAAGAGGAGGUCAGCUUACUGAAGGACUCUCUGCCCUGAUGGAAGAGUUGUAUGGCUAACUGGAAACCAUGAGAAAGGUGUUCUGUUGUGCAACAUUUUGCCUCCCUUCUUGUACAAAUUCAAGGGAAGCUGUAAUCUGCGGCACUCGGCUGGACAGAUCAUAUGCUGUAAUUGUGUUGCCAGUAGGGGGCAGUGUAAUAUCCUUAUCCAGCAUAAGGAAGUGACAUAAAGGGCAGGUCUGUUACAGGAGUGUAAACUCUUCUAGUGUACGCUCGGUGAGAACAGGAAAUAUCCUAGAAUUGAGCCAUUGUUUUUCAAGACUUGCUGCCCGUUUUAUUAUUAUUAUUGUGGCAGAAAAGGUGUUUAUGCUGUCAAUAGAUUACACUUCACUUUUGUACAUUCCAGGACAUUUAAUUUCUUAUGUCUCCUCCUUCUGACACUCCUCUGUUGUAUUCUUAGUGCAGCAAUGUCUCAUAUUGAGAUACACUGCCAUAUUCAUGAAGUACAUCCCCUCUAAAUGUGCCAUGUAGUGCUUUAGCUUGGUACAGAAGUGCUAACAUGCAGGGGCAGACAUCUUUCGCUAAACGGCUUACAAAAGUGGACGUGUUUAUUAUUUAAUGCUCCGUUCCAUGGCGUCAAGUGAUUUAUGCAAUUUUUAUUUUUGUAUGCUGGAACCCUUGAAUCCACUAAUGUUUUGCAGUUAGACAGACCCUGCAGUGGAUAGAACCACUUGAGCUGUGAAGACUUUUUCUUUCUUGUUGUGGAGCCUUUGCACGGUAUGACGCUUUAGGAAUAUCAUGGAAUAUCUACCCAAGUCUAUCAUUAUUCUUAUUACCUUGUGUAAUUCUACUGCAAGCACUGACAACUGUUUAUACUGCUCUACCUACAGUACAUGAUAGCAGAAAGCUGAUGAUGUUACGGCAAAAUGUUCAUCUGUAUUUAUAUUCUGCUUGAUGUUCGAUCAGUCAUGACAGUUUCAGGCAAAUGGAGGAAAAACUUGAUUCCUUAUUGCACUAAAUGCACAUCUUACUUUUGUGUGGUCAUUUAUCUUUCCUAUAUAGAGUCCCUUAUAAAUCAGACCCUGGACGCUAACUGUAUUUCAUCUGUUUAAUGUAAAAACAAAUAGAAGUAAAUCCUAUGUGAAUAAAAGUGACAAAAGCCUAGACACCCCCCCCCAACCUAAUUUCUUUUUUUUUAUUUUUAGAAAAAGUCUUGUUUUAUCUUGAAUUUAAAAGUUCUCUUUAUUUUGAUCAGUAUGCAUGAACCAUAUUUAAAGCACAGCUACACCACCCUCCUCAUGGUAGUGCUGCGGCCGAAAACCGGUAACAUACCUCUAAAUAAGCAAUAACUCAUGAUAGCCAAAACUAAACUGGUAAUUGUAAUGGAAUGGGAAACCAUGAAGCUACUAGCCAAUAAACAUGGCUGCUGAUGCAUCACCCCAAGUUUUGCGUGUUCAGAUGUUUCAUUUCCUUCUAGUCACUCGAACAGACCCACCACAGGGUUAAGGCUUUAGUUGGGUGACUACAUCACAGUGGGUUAAGACAAAAUAUUAAAAAAAAAUCCCUGGAAAAGUGCAUUGGUAUUCUGAGCCUCGAGUCGGUCAUCUAGGGCUCUAAGAUCAUGUACCUCUCCAGAAUGGGAUUCUGAUAAGCCACACCUGUGUACCAAGGAAUGCUGCAAGGAUGCUGGCCAUAGCAUGGGUGCAGUUACAGAGGAGGUUACUAUUUGGGCAUACUGAUAUGAUUAUAUAAUCUACAUUACAAACCUGCUGAAAAACACUGCUGAAAUGGAGGUGUACUGUAUUAUGGAAAAUACAAAUAAACUUUCUGGGGAAA